CACGCCCCAGAAGGACCACAAGAACACAAGCGUCGCUCGUCGCUCACGGAGCUGCAGGAAACCAUGGCGACCUUCGCACGUCCUGUGGCCUCCGCCAUUGCGGGGGUGGACUUUGGCGUCUACAACGAUGCGGACAUCAAAGCUAUCUCUGUAAAGCGAAUCCACAAUACGCCGACGUUGGAUUCCUUCAACAACCCCGUUCCUGGUGGUUUGUAUGAUCCGGCUAUGGGAGCAUGGAGUGACCAUGUGUGUACGACUUGUCGCUUGAACUCAUGGUCAUGUACCGGACAUCCUGGACAUAUCGAGCUUCCGGUUCAUGUCUACAAUGUUACGCAUUUCGAUCAAUUGUAUCGUCUUCUUCGCGCGCAGUGUGCUUACUGCCAUCGCUUCCAAAUGUCCCGAACACAAAUUAAUGUCUACACCUGCAAAUUGCGACUGCUGCAACAUGGAUUGGUCGACGAGGCAGCUGUCAUCGAUUCCCUGAGUAAGGGUAAAGGAAAUAAGAAGAAGGGAAAGGAUGCCGAUGGUUCGAGCAGCGAGGACGAGGAUGAGGAGGAUCUGAUCGCGAAGAGAAACAAUUACGUCCAAAGAGCCAUCCGGGAAGCGAAGGCUGCGGGUAAACUGGAUGGCCUCAUGUCUGGCAUCAAGAACCCCAUUGCCUCGGAAGAGAGACGCACUAUGGUCAAGGACUUCUUCAAAGAGCUUGUCAGCAUCAAGAAGUGUGCCAGCUGCAAAGGAGUAUCUCCAGGGUUCCGAAGAGAUCGGUAUUCGAAAAUUUUCCGAAAGCCUUUGGCCGAGAAGUCGAGGCUUGCUAUGAUCCAGGGUGGUUUCCAGGCGCCAAACUCCCUUGUCCUCGUCCAACAAGCCAGAAAGUCCAACUCCAAAGAGAAGCAGGCCCUUGCGAACGGCAUCUCGGAUAAUGUCAGUGUUACCUCGGAGACCCAUGGAGCAGAGGAAGAAGUUGCUCGUGGAAAUGCCGUUAUCUCCGAGGAAGAAAGCAAGAGACAGGCUGGUGACGGUGGGCAGUACAUGCCCUCCCCUGAGGUUCACGCCGCAAUCACCCUGCUCUUUGAGAAAGAGGCGGAGAUUCUAAACCUUCUUUACAACUCUCGACCUCAAUCGAAGAAGGAUUCGCCAGUCAGCGCAGACAUGUUCUUCAUCAAGAGCCUCUUGGUGCCGCCGAACAAGUACCGCCCGGCUGCUCCUCAGGGACCCGGCGAGAUCAUGGAAGCCCAGCAGAACCAACCUUUCAGUCAAGUUUUGAAACACUGCGACUUCAUCAAUCAAAUCAGCAAGGAGCGACAAACCUCGACCGCCAGUUCCCUGAAUCGCGUGAGGGACUAUCGAGAUCUACUUGCUGCCAUUGUGCAACUCCAGGAUACGGUUAACGGUCUGAUUGACCGCGAUAGAAGCGGACUUUCGGGCCCAGCUGCCGCCUCUGCCCCGAAUGGUAUCAAGCAGAUCCUGGAAAAGAAGGAAGGUCUGUUCCGAAAGAACAUGAUGGGAAAGCGUGUCAACUUCGCUGCCCGAAGUGUUAUCUCCCCUGAUCCUAAUAUCGAAACCAAUGAGAUCGGUGUGCCGCUGGUCUUUGCGAAGAAGCUGACGUACCCGGAGCCGGUGACAAACCACAACUUCUGGGAAAUGAAGCAGGCAGUCAUCAACGGCCCCGACAAAUAUCCGGGUGCUAUGGCAAUCGAGAACGAGGUGGGACAGGUCACGAAUCUCAAGUUCAAGAGUUUGGAUGAGCGAACCGCCCUGGCCAACCAGCUGCUGGCGCCGUCAAAUUGGCGAAUCAAGGGAGCCCGCAACAAGAAGGUCUAUCGCCAUCUGACCACCGGUGACGUUGUUUUGAUGAACCGUCAGCCCACACUCCACAAGCCCUCUAUCAUGGGUCACAAAGCGCGUGUGCUUCCUAACGAGAAGGUUAUUCGCAUGCACUACGCCAACUGUAACACCUACAACGCUGAUUUCGAUGGUGACGAGAUGAACAUGCAUUUCCCUCAGAACGAGCUUGCUCGAUCAGAAGCUAUGAUGCUUGCGGAUGCGGAUCACCAAUACCUUGUUGCCACGUCUGGAAAGCCGUUGCGAGGUUUGAUCCAGGAUCAUAUUUCGAUGGGAACGUGGUUCACUUGCCGAGACAGCUUCUUCGAUGAGGAUGACUACCACCAGCUGCUCUACAACUGCUUGAGACCGGAGAAUUCGCAUACCAUCUCUGAGCGGAUCCAGCUGGUAGACCCAACGAUCAUUCGUCCGAAGCCCCUUUGGACCGGAAAGCAGAUCGUCACAACCAUCCUUAAGAAUAUCAUGCCUCCAGGAAGAGCUGGUCUAAACAUGACGAGCAAGUCUUCUACUCCCGGUGACCGGUGGGGCGAAGGCAACGAAGAAGGAAACGUCAUCUUCAAGGACGGCGAGUUCCUCUGCGGUAUUCUCGACAAGAAACAACUUGGACCUACUGCUGGCGGUCUGAUCGACUCUAUUCACGAAAUCUACGGUCAUACUAUCGCUGGUAGACUGAUUGGUAUCCUUGGACGUCUUCUGACGAGGUUCUUGAACAUGCGCGCAUUCACUUGCGGUAUUGACGAUCUUCGCUUGACCAAGGAGGGUGACAGCAAGCGUAAGGAGGUCCUCAAGAAGGCUGAUGGUAUCGGUCGGGAAGUUGCGCUGAAGUACGUGACUCUCGACGACGCCAAUGUACCCGAUGAGGACGCCGAAUUGCGACGACGCCUGGAGGAUGUGCUUCGAGACGAAGAGAAGCAGGCGGGUCUGGAUAGCGUCUCGAACGCUCGCACUGCCACGCUGUCUACUGAAAUCACAAAGGCCUGUCUUCCGGGCGGAUUGGCCAAGCCUUUCCCGUGGAACCAGAUGCAGUCGAUGACCAUCUCCGGUGCCAAGGGUUCUGGUGUCAACGCCAACCUGAUUUCUUGUAACCUGGGUCAACAGGUUUUGGAAGGUCGCCGUGUUCCUGUCAUGAUCAGUGGUAAGACCCUGCCAUCGUUCAGGGCUUUCGACACGAACCCGAUGGCUGGUGGUUAUGUCUGCGGUCGUUUCUUGACUGGUAUCAAGCCCCAAGAAUAUUACUUCCACGCCAUGGCCGGUCGUGAGGGUCUUAUUGAUACCGCCGUUAAGACCUCUAGAUCUGGUUACUUGCAGCGUUGCUUGAUCAAGGGUAUGGAAGGCUUGAGGGCAGAAUAUGACACCUCGGUCCGAGAAGGAUCCGAUGGUUCCAUUGUGCAGUUCCUGUACGGUGAGGACGGUCUGGAUAUCACGAAGCAGGUUCAUCUCAAGGAUUUCGAUUUCUUGGCAUCCAACCACAGGUCCAUCAUGUCUCAAGUGAACUUGACCAACGACUUCCAGAACCUGGAGAAGGAAGAAGUCACCAACUGGCACAAGGACGCCAUGAAGACGGUGCGCAAGACCGGAAGGGUUGACAUGAAGGACCCAGUCCUCUCCCUCUACCACCCUGGUGGUAAUCUGGGUAGUACGUCAGAAUACUUCACUCAAGCGCUCAAGAAGUAUGAGGAUGGCAAUCCUGGUAAGCUCUUGAAGGACAAGAAGAAGGACAUCAGCGGAGUUAUCAGCAAGAAGGCAUUCAACACUUUGAUGAACAUGAAGUAUCUGAAAUCUGUUGUCGAUCCUGGUGAGGCCGUCGGAAUUGUUGCCGGUCAGUCUAUCGGAGAACCUUCUACUCAGAUGACUCUGAACACUUUCCAUUUGGCUGGUCACUCGGCGAAGAACGUGACUCUGGGUAUUCCCCGACUACGUGAGAUUGUCAUGACUGCUAGCGCCCACAUCAUGACCCCGACCAUGACCCUGGUUCUGAACGAGGAGAUGUCCAAGCAUGACUCCGAAAAGUUCGCCAAGGGAAUCAGCAAGCUCAGUAUCGCGGAGGUUAUCGACAAGGUCACCAUCUCGGAGAGAAUCUCCUCCGGCAGCACGAAGGCCAAGGUCUACGACGUCGAAGUCUCAUUCUUCCCGUCAGACGAAUACACUGCGGAGUAUGCCAUCAAGACCAAGGAUAUCCAAAACACGCUGCAGACGAAAUUCAUUCCCAAGCUUGUGAGGCUCACCAGAGCUGCGCUCAAGAAGCGGGUUGAUGAGAAGACGGUGAAGAACUACUCGACUGCUCAGCCUGAAAUUGGUGCCUCUGUUGGUACCCUCCAGGAGGCUCCUGGUGCUGCCGAUGCCGACGCCGAUGGCGCUGAUGAUGACGACGAGGAGGACGAAGAUGAUGCCAAACGCUCCAAGGGUGCUCAGAACCGCUCGAACCAGAUCUCUUACGAGGGCCCUGAGGACGAGGAGGCUGCCAUGGUCCGACAACUUGAUGAGUCUGAGGACAGCGAGGACGAAGAUGCCGACGCGACUAAGAAGAAGAGCAAGACGCGUGAUGUCAAGAUGGCCGAUGCAGACGACUCCGACUCGGACGACGAAGAAGCGAAGGACAGUAAGCUGCGGGAAGACGAUAUCCGCGGCCGCUUUGCUGAAGUCACCAAGUUCAAGUUCAACCCCAGCAAGGGCAACUCGUGUACCGUCCAGCUGCAGUACGACAUCGCGACUCCCAAGCUUCUUAUCCUGCCUCUGGUCGAGGAGGCCGCCCACAGCGCCGUCAUCCAGUCCAUCCCGGGUCUUGCCAACUGCACGUACGUCGAUGCCGACCCGAUGAAGGGCGAGCCUGCGCACGUCAUCACGGACGGCGUCAACCUGCUCGCCAUGCGCGACUACCAGGAUAUCAUCAAGCCCCACUCUCUCUACACCAACUCGAUCUACCACAUGUUGGCCCUCUACGGUGUAGAGGCUGCUCGCGCCACGAUCGUCCGCGAGAUGUCCGAGGUCUUCGAAGGUCACAGUAUUUCCGUCGACAACCGUCACCUGAACCUGAUCGGUGACGUGAUGACCCAGUCUGGUAGCUUCCGCGGUUUCAACCGUAACGGCUUGGUCAAGGACAGCUCGUCGCCCCUGUCCAAGAUGAGUUUCGAAACCACGGUCGGCUACCUCAAGGAAGCCGUCAUCGAGAGAGACUUCGAUAACCUGAAGAGUCCUAGUAGUCGGAUCGUUGCCGGACGUCCUGGAAUCGUGGGAACCGGUGCUUUCGAUGUCCUUGCUCCUGUGGCUUAAUUUCGAGCCAUUGGAUAUCUGUGUCUGUAUCAUUUUAUUGCCAUUUUUAUUUUGUUGUAUAUGCUUGCCAGCUUGAGUGGAUGUGUGUGUGUAUUUAAAGAUGCAUUUCUUUUGUCAUUCUUUCCUUGUAUGUUUUUGAUGUGUCCAAUGACCUCUGGAGUUCAGUCUCAGCGGAAUUAAGAAAAAGCCUUGUUUUGUUUCUUUCUUAUUUCUAGAUAGCAUUUUCAUACUAUACUACCAGCAGAACAAAAUUAGUUUAUUUCGC